AUGGCUGAGAAACUACAAACCCUUGUCAAAGAUUUGUCCAGCUCCUUCCAGCAGUGCCUGUCCUACACCACACUGAGUGACCUGGCUCUGGGACUCAUAGAUGGAACAGUGUAUAAUAUAGUACAGGGACUCCUGGAUAUCCAGCACCUGACUGGGAGGAAUCUGUAUAACCAGAGACAAAAGCUGCACCGUGAGCAUCUAGUACUCAAGCAGGAUUUGGUUCGUAAGCAUAAAGAAGCCCUACAGGUUUGCAAGUCACACAACCUUGCAGUUAGGAAAACAAAUAAACAAAGAGAAACAGAAGUAUGAAAUUGACAAAGCAUCAUGCCAUUAUUAAAAUUCAGUUUGUGCACUGACUGCAAACACCUUAUUGAUGUGCUUUUCAAUGAUCCCAAACAUCCCUCCUUCUAUAUCACAGAGUUGAUUUCUAUAGUCCCAGGGUUCUACAUAACCACCAAUCCCCAGUUGAAUCAACACUUUGAGUUGAUGAUGCAGAUGAACCAGCUGGAAAUUAUACUUAAACUUCAACAGAAAGAGUCCCAGUCAGGAGGCUUGUCCUGA